ACAUUUCAAAUUGGGUUGUGUGUUGAAAGGUGUGCCAUUUAUGUUUCUUUUUUUUUAUUUCUUUUUUUUAAUUGAUGUUCUGGUUGUGCUUGACGUGUGUUUAGGUCUUGUGUAUAGGAAGACAGGUGUUGUAUUUCAUCAGGCUUGUGUUAUUUUAAUUUCUCUCCGUCAGCUUCAAAACUUUUAUGGUUUAUUUAUUUUUACUUAUGCCUAAUACAACGUUUUAUUUUUUUCUUCUUCUUCUUCUAUUUGUUCUGGCGUGGCAUAUAACUGUGUGUGUGUGUAGUGAUGGUUAGUGUACAGUUGUUAUGUCAGUCUCACCACUAGCUGUCAUCAAAACGGGACAUUUGAAGCUUUCACAAGAACCUUUGUAGUGUGCACCGUGCAGCAUAGCUUGUAAUGCAUGACACAGUGGAACAUGUGGACCAAUCAUGCUGGGCACAGGAGGAGCCAGACUCAAGCACAACAUUCACUCCUGGGAAAUACAAAAUAGUUCUCUUGGGUGAUGGAGGGACAGGAAAGUCGAGUUAUGUUUCUGUGCUUCAGAAUGCGACCUUCAGGAAGGAGUACAUUGCUACUCUGGGAGUAGAGAAGCAUGAGAUCUCCCUCACCACCUCCCAUGGGCCUUGUGUUGUGGUCCUCUGGGACACAGCAGGACAGGAGAAGCUGGGACCCCUACGAGAUGGGUACUAUACUGAUGCCAAUGCUGCUUUCAUCUUCUUUGACGUCACAUCAAGAGUCACAUACAAGAAUGUCCCUAACUGGCACAGGGAUGUCUUGAGGGUGUGUCCAGACAUCCCCAUCGUCCUGUGUGCAAAUAAGGUUGAUGUGGAGGAGAGAAAGGUCAAAAGCAAGGCAAUUACACAUCACAAGAAGCACAAAAUGGGGUUCUUUGAAAUAAGUGUGAAGGAGAGGAUAUCCCUGAAGGAGCCAUUUGAAUACCUUCUGCAGCAGGUGACUAAAGAACCUGACCUGACCAUCAAGGACUCGGUGGAUGCAGACCUGUUCAAGGGAGUUAGGGAGCUCAGUCUCCUGCAGCCCAGCCACCCUCAGGAGCAGGGAUGAGUCCAGAGUGUUGUGUGGCAUUCUGAGUUGUUAUUCAUGUCAUUUUGAAACUAUCACCCAUGCACUGUAGGCUGUGACUAGCUGAACUAACUUAUGGCCAUGUAUUAUAUAAGUUGCUCUUGGUGUGGUUGUGUUGUUGUAUAAGUUGUCACAGUAAUAGUUUUUUACUGAACUGUCAAUAAUCUCUGGAGUGCUGGUUGUGUGUGUUGCCUUUUUUGUAGUAUCAUAUAUGAACUCCGGUGACUUACUUUUAUGGCUGUUAUAUCUUGGAGUCACUUCUUGUGUAUAAAAAAUGAAAUGUAGAUAUCUUUGUAAUGGCUUAAUGGAAUAGUUUCAGACCAUGAAUAUAACUAGACAACAUGGCUUAUUUCUGUAUUGAGGUUAUACAUUAUUGUUGUGUGGACAGUAACAUUGCCCACUGUACUGUGAUUUGUGUUUGUUUCCCACACUAUACUGAGAUGCUGUGUGCUGAAGGAAAAUGAUGAUUUAAUUAUACCAAUUAUGUCAUCAAUUUAAUCAUAAUUUAUUACUAACAUUUUUAAGUUAUUUUGUAAUUUAUUUCCUUGAAGGCAACUUGUAUUUUAAGUCAUUCCCUAUUGUUCAGAAUAAAAUUCAACCUUAUUUUGAACUG